CAGCCAGUCCAUUUCAUUGAUCAGUUUUCACAAUAAUUUUCCUAUAAAUUAAGUUAUAACAACUGUGCGGGCUGGUGCUUAUGUUGGUGGCAUGUCUGCAGCCAGUUUAAAUUGUGAAUCUGUGUAAAAUUUAUUGGCUCCAAAUGGACAAUAAUUGAAAUAAGAGUAAAAUAAUACGAACAUCAUGGGUACCUAUGAACACAUCGGAGGUCAUGUGUCUGUAGAUCGUUAUGGCUUGGGGUCCCCAGUUUAUGACCGUGAUAAAAAGACAAUGUUUUGGAUGGGUGGCGUUAUGGACUGCUUUUCAACAGUUACAGCGCUUUUCAGAGGGACGGACUACAAGCAAACCAAAGAAGAUAAUUGGGAGGUUCCCUUUAACGCUAUAACUGAUAUGGUGUAUCUCGGAUGCGGAGCUCAAGGAGUGGUAUUCAGCGGACAACUCAAUGGCGAAAUCGUAGCAGUGAAGAAAUUGAGAGAAAAAUCCGAAACUAAUAUUAAACACUUGCGGAAACUAAAUCAUGAAAAUAUAGUCAGAUUUCGAGGUGUCUGCACUGUGGCACCAUACUGUGUCAUCAUGGAGUAUUGUCAGUACGGACCCCUGUUUGAGUUUCUACAUAGCGGCGCCUGCUUUUCCCCCAAACAGAUAAUGAAGUGGGCAAAGGAAAUAGCCCUGGGGAUGAGCUACCUGCAUACACAUAAAAUUAUACAUCGAGAUCUCAAGAGCCCCAAUGUGCUGAUCGCCGACAACCUGGUGGUGAAAGUCAGCGACUUCGGGACCAGCCGCGAGUGGAACGACGUCAGCGCGAUCAUGAGCUUCACGGGGACGGUCGCGUGGAUGGCACCUGAGGUGAUACGCCACGAGCCCUGCUCGGAGAGGGUCGACGUGUGGUCUUACGGAGUCGUCCUGUGGGAGCUGCUGACCCAGGAGGUGCCCUACAAAAACAUGGAGACUCAUGCCAUCAUGUGGGGCGUUGGUACCGACACCAUAUCGCUGCCCAUCCCGUCCAGCUGGCCGGGGACACUGCAGCUGCUCCUCAACCAGUGCUGGGCGAGGGUUCCUCGACAAAGGCCACCGUUUAAGAUUAUAGCGGCCCAUUUGGAUAUGUCAGCUGAUGAUCUGUUUUCCAUGGACGUGGAAUGUUUUAACACUACGCAGGCGGAGUGGCGUCAAGAAGUGCACGCUAGCAUGGAGAAGCUUUAUGCCAGGACUCCGAAGCCGUUCAUAGUGGACGCUAGCGCUCAACGUCGCGAGGACGUCAAGCAGGCUCGCGACGUCCGCCACGUGUACGAGCAACAGCUGUCGCGAGCUAACGAGCUGUACAUGGAAGUGUGUGCUGUACGGCUCCAGCUCGAGCAGCGAGAGAAGGAUAUUGCCGAGCGUGAAAACGCUCUGAUGGGCUGCCGCUGCGGACAACGCAAGACCGUGAAGUAUUUCCAACGACAAACUUCUUCGUCGUCGGACGGCGUUCGCGCGAACAUCGACAACCGCCGCAAGAAGAAGAAGACCCAAAUGAUCGUUAACUACAACGAAAACAAACAGACCGCUGUUAUCAUGGCCGAAGAUGGGUGCGUCUGCGACAACACCCAGAAUAACAAUAUGGAAACCAUCAAGCCAAAGAAGGAUUUGGUCGUGGAGAGCAACGGGAACAUCAUGAUCAAGGAUAUUAUGAUAAACGACAAUCAUCUAUCCGACGUCGCUGAAGUCUAAAUUUCAGAAUCUCUUAUCGUUCGUGUAAAGACGUAAAUGACGGCUGGAUAACUUUCUUGCUCGCUCACAUUAAUAAUAUUAUAAAGAGUAAGUUAGCUUAUUCACUCAUAAAAUAUUGUAUGUGUGAGCGAGAAUGAUGAUUUGUAGCUGCUAUAUUAUGUUUCUUUACAUGAACGAUUAUAACUCAAUCACCGACUUUAUUUAUAUUUCCUUUAAGAUUGAACUAUUGUUUUUCUAUAGAAAGGGAAGGAUCUCAUUGCAUGGUCGAUCGUGUUGAGUCGAAAUCUUUUGUUUCACUUUAGUACUUUGCUACUACUGAACGAUUGUGAGUUACUUUGUUCUACUGACGGACCUGGCCUAAAGAAUACCUGAUAUCGAGAUUGACAAUUCUUUUGGCGUUAUAUAAUUGUGUCAAUAAAAACCGCAUGGUUCCUUACUUGUUAGAGAAGAUCUGGAAUGCAAUCCUUAUUUUAGAUCGAUUGAAGGAUCCGGCUACUGAAAGUAAAUUAUCGUCACCUGCUUCCGUACGGACGUAACUAAAAUGACGUUGAAACAGCGCUAGUGGCAAACAAUGAAAGCUAAUGCUAAAUUCUAGGCAACCCCAAAAAUACAAACUAAACAAAGAUCGAGGGUAUGAGAAGUCAAGAUU